AGAUGAUACUCCUCACGUCCCCAAUGAGAAGCUUGGAGAAGAGAAGGUUCUGUACAUAAUAGAAAAUCUGACUUCUCUCAUACAAGAGACAUUUCCAGAUACCAGAGUCUAUGCAGCGAUGGGCAAUCAUGACUUCCACCCCAAGAGCCAGCUCCCAGGGAGGGAGCACAGGAUCUACACCCGCACGGCUGAGCUGUGGCGGCCCUGGCUGAGUGCUGCUUCUGCUGCCCUCUUCAGAGCAGGAGCCUUCUACAGUGAGAAGCUGCCCGGCCCAGGGACAAGGGGGCGCGUGGUUGUCCUCAACACCAACCUGUACUAUGACCAGAAUAACGAGACAGCUGGAGAGGAGGAUCCUGGAGGGCAGUUCCAGUGGCUGGAGGAAACGCUGACUAAUGCCUCUAGAGCAGACGAAAUGGUCUAUGUCGUGGGGCACGUCCCUCCCGGGUUCUUCGAGAAGAAGCGAGGCAAGCCCUGGUUCCGGAGAGCCUUCAACGAGCGCUACCUGCACAUCGUGCAGAAGCACCACGGGGUCAUUGCUGCCCAGUUUUUUGGGCACCAUCACACCGACAGCUUCCGGAUGUUUUACGGCGAUACAGGUUCUCCAAUCAACGUCAUGUUCUUGGCCCCUGGAGUGACUCCCUGGAAGACAACACUGCCUGGAGUGGACAACGGAGCCAACAACCCUGGGGUUCGGGUGGUGCACUACGACCCUGCCACCCUCCGGGUCUCGGAUAUGGUGACUUACUACUUGAACCUAACUCGUGCCAACAUGAUGGCUGCAGCACGGGAGGAAGAGUCUCCCCUGUGGGAGGAGGAGUACAGGCUGACAGAAGCCUUCCGAGUCCCCGACGGCUCUGCACGCUCCAUGCAGAUGGUGCUGGAGAAGAUCUCAAAGGACCCUCACUACCUGCAGCGCUACUAUGAGUUUAACUCUGUCAGAUACGACCUCAGCCCGUGCGAGGGGCCCUGCUCUGUUGAUCACAUUUGUGCCAUCAGGGAAGUGGAUUUUACAAGAUACAGUGAGUGUGUUAAGACCAGCAGCGCUGCCUCUGUCGUCAGCAGUGUUUGUGUUUUAUUUUUCUGCUUGCUCUUGGGGCUUUUCAGCCCCCAGCAAGUCUGCAGUGACUGA